CUUUCCAACUGGGCCCAGUCUGAACAGCCCAAAUCCGAUGAUCCAAUCAGGCCCAGUUAACUGGGGCCCGAAACAUGUCAACAAAGUUCAUGCCGACGGGGUUAAGUCUUCACGCGUGCCAUCGGUUUACGAUCUCUCCAAAAUUCAACAACGUAACUCGGCCACUAUCAGAUCGCCGGGCACGUGACUUUCUUCCGGCCGCCGCAUUCUCCUCCCCUCUGCCCGAUCUCCGAUCACCUUACCUGAAAUUCCCGUUCGUUCGAGCUUUUCUUCUUCCCGGCAAUGAGAUUUUCUACUUGAACAAAUUUUAACAGAUCCUUGGACUUCGAGUUUGAAGAGUUUCGGAAUUCUUUGCAACGAGAAUUCGAGCUCUUCCCCCCUCCCUCCAUGGCGUCAAGGAAUCGGACUUUGCUUUUUAGGAAAUACAGGGACGCGUUGAGAAGUGUGAGGGCUCCUACCAGCUCUUCGCCAGUUUCGGCAUCGCCAUCGACUAGUUCUGGCGCUGGUGGUCCGGUGAUUGAAUUGGUGAGCUCGUCGUUGCUGCAUCCGAAUCGGACUUAUGCCCCCUUAAGUACUGAGGAUCCGGGUAAUUCAAGUAAGGGUGCUCAUACCGUGGGUCUGCCUCCGGCUUGGGUCGAUGUAUCCGAAGAAAUAGCUGCAAAUGUGCAACGUGCACGAGCAAAGAUGACAGAGUUAGCUAAAGCUCAUGCGAAGGCUUUGAUGCCUUCGUUUGGAGAUGGUAAAGAAGAUCAAAGGUUAAUUGAGGCUCUCACGCAAGAAAUAACACAUUUAAUUAAGAAAUCGGAGAAGGGACUACAGAGACUCUCUGCGGCUGGUCCUUCUGAGGAUUCCAAUAUCAGAAAAAACGUUCAGCGAGCUCUUGCCACCGACCUUCAGAACCUUUCCAUGGAGCUACGCAAGAAACAGUCAACUUAUCUAAAGCGCCUACAGCAGCAAAAAGAGGAAGGUCAAGAUAGGAUUGAUAUAGAGAUGAAUCUAAACGGAAAUCGAUCAAGACUGGAGGACGAUGAUUUGGAAAACAUGGUAUUUAAUGAGCAUCAGAUGGCUAAGCUUCGAAAGAGUGAAGCAUUUACUGCUGAAAGAGAGAGAGAAAUCCAUCAAGUUGUCGAAUCUGUGAAUGAGCUCGCUCAGAUCAUGAAGGAUCUAUCAGUACUUGUCAUAGACCAGGGCACAAUUAUUGAUAGAAUAGAUUACAAUAUUCAAAAUGUAGCGACAACUGUGGAGGAGGGCCUUAAGCAACUGCAGAAGGCAGAGAGAACACAGAAACAGGGGGGGAUGGUAAUGUGCGCGUCCGUGCUCAUUAUCAUGUGCUUUGUCAUGUUGGUUCUCUUGAUCCUAAAAACCAUACUGUUUUGAUCUUCAAGCAUACAAUUCCAGUGCACAGUUACCAAUAUUGCUCCUCAGAGGCACUUUACACUCAGAGAUAGUGGCGUUUCCAGGCUCAUCAGAAGGAAUUCUUGAGCAGAUUCACUCAUUCCAUGGGUAAUUUUUGGUUUUUCCGGCGAGGAAAUGGCUUCUUCCUCUUGAAUUUCAGUGUCUGGAAUGAAAUAUUUUGUAUAGAGAUUUUGAUCGAGAGCAUAGGAAACUUGUCAUCGUACCUAUACCGAUAAUUCUUUCGAUUUUUCACUAGAGUUUUUAUAAAAGAAGAUUGGAUCUUGGCUGUCCAACUUACUUCGAGAUCACUUUGUUUUCUUAUUUGUAUGUUUGUACUUCUGUCUCCGUGCAAUAAAAUUAACAUAAAGCCUUCCCA